AUGUUCUAUCAGUGGGAGCAGGCUCCGAAUCUGGAUCGGCGUCAUCGGCCGCGAACGCGGAAUGGGUGCCUGACUUGUCGUAUUAAAACAAAGAAAUUGCGCCAGCGAUUGCAGCAACAACCUCAGAAUGUCCAGUCUGAGGCGGAUGUUACAGACCAGACCGUAUCUUCCAUCACUGAUGCCACAGGCCGCGAAGAUUCUCUUCCUGGCGACGAUUCGAGCUUCAAUCACACAUUCAACUAUGCGAGUUUCAUGUGGGACGACUAUUCCUCCAACCUAUCUCCGAGUUGGGAUACCCUUGAACUCUCCUCCUCUCAUGAGCUGGUUCCCUGGCCAGAUACAUCAUUGACAGAAACAACGUCUAUUGCUUUCCAGUACACAAAAUCCACGGCAAACAAUGCAGCUUUGAUCGACCGACAGCCAAAAUCCAAUCUCCCAUCACCAAUGGGAUCUACUCGUCUAGCAAUCGGCUGGAGCGAAGCCCAACUGGCUGAGUAUUUCUCUCAAUCAGCAGCCCCGCCAAUUUUAGCAACAGUCGAGACAAGUGCUCGGUGGUAUUGGAUGCGCAAACAGCUGAUAUCAAUGACUUCAACAUCCCGCAUGGUCAAAUCAGGCGUUAUUGCCUUUGUUGCACUAGAAUUGGAAUCUGCAGGCACCUUGGAGCCAGCAACCUACACAAGAUACUACCGAAAUGCAAAAAAGGGAUUAGAAGAAUGCUUGAGGGAUAUCAGUCAUGAUCACGAGAUGAUUUCGUCCCAACUCCGACAUAUUCUGGCUGUUCUUUUUUUACUGUCCUAUAUCGAUCUCCUCACAAAAGACGUUUCAAAUGCGCAUGCCAAUCUACGGGAAGGCUUUAAUGCUUUGCAGAUGGUUGAGAUUGGGAAUUUGUGUGUUACAGAAAAACGUCUUCUAUCUUGGCUCCGACUACUUGACGCAAGAGCCGUGAGCGCUGGUGGUGAAGGAUUAUUUCUGACGGAAGAAGAAAGUACAAUCAACACAGAUCUUCGAUCACCAGAUAGCUCUAUAGGAGAAGUCGACUCAGGGCUGGACGAUGCAGAGACAGCACUUGAAGAUUUCGUGAUGCGCCCUGCAUUCUUAUAUUUCCAAAAAGUGCAGCUAUUUAUGGGCCGAAUCUCCAAAAUCGACCCAUGGCACCGCCGUCGGGGAACGGUUGAAGACGAAACAGAGGUUAUGGUUAUUGCAGCAUCUAUAGCUCGUGACAUCAGAUCACUUUACCACCAGCGACCACCAUUGAUGGACCACGCUGUUGCCGGGAGGCUUUCCACGCUUUUAUCACCGGGACUGGCGGAAACUAUCACUCGAACCAUGAGAGUAUAUCAUGCAAACUACUAUGCAAGCUUCAUUCAUCUCCAUCGAGUCGCGUACAAAAAUCUCCCUCGUACAACCGAUGUAAUCAAGGCCAUGGAUGAGAUUCGCCAGGUAACUCGACUCAUUUUGGAAAGCCCGUGCACAUCGUCGCCAUCAAAAACGUCAACAAUAAGCACACCAGAUUCCUCCGCGGGAUCUGUGCAUUUACUACCUGUCAAUAUGCUUUGGCCUCUUUUGAUGCUAGGAGCCGAGACAGAAGACACCGACGAACGAACGUGGGUGCUGUCAUGCAUCAAGGGGAUGCAGAACGUUGCCUCCAAUGCGGGAAUUACCCAUGACGUCCUUCAAGAAGUUAUACGGGUACAAGAUGAAACCAAGCAGCGGAUGGAUAUCCGCAAAGUGAUGCACGCGAUCUUCGAUCGUGCAUUUGCUAUUGUGUAA